CUUGAAACAACCACCACCACCAAACCUCUCUUCUCUUACCUCACUCACUCAGAACCGCCGCCUGCAACAGUAAGAUCCUUUACCCUAACAGGCAAAAGAAAAAAAAAUACCAACAUCAGAAAGAAAGCAUUCCUGCAGAAGAACCGCUAACCAAAAAAAAGAAGCCAUGGACACGGACGGCAGGGCUUUGAGCAUAUACAGAGCCGCCAGAACCAUCAAGCGGAAAGACAACUCCCUCUACAACGCCCUCCGUUCAAUCUACGAGGACUCCAUCUUCGUCGGCGAGAUCUCCCAGCUAUGGCCGGAGCUCCCUCUCCUCGCCAAUCUCCGCUGCGGCCUCUGGUACUCCCGCGGCUUCGCCGCCACGUGUUACUUCAAAUCCACCGACGGCCACACCAACAAUUGCUCCUUCUCCACCGCUCGCCUCAACCUCCACGUCGCCGCCCUCGCUGGGCAGAAAGGAGGUUGUAUGAUUGUUGAUUCAACCAGGAAAGGGAAGAGAUUUCCCGAUAGCAUGUCGAAGACCAUCCCAAUCUGGACUUGCGUCUUGAAUCGAGCUAUUCGCAAUUACGUCUGCAGAGUGCAGAGAGAGGCAGAGGAGAAGGGUGAAACUGCUGAUGUGGAAUGUACAGCUUCGCUUGAUUGGGAUUGUUCUUUGCACCUCCCACUUUGGGUUCCCGGAACAGAAAAAGCCGCCAUUGAGGAGCGAAUAGACGAAUGGGUUGAACAAUUGGAAGCCAGUGGUGCUGACAUAGCUUCUCUUGCUUCCUGCCUGAAAAAGCCCUUAAGGCCGCUUUGGGUAUCUCAAAAAACCGUCAUAUGGCUCAACGAAGUACCUGAUCACGAUUCGUGGGACUUCACGGCUGUCAUGCUUGUUUCAGCGUCAGCCCAAAAUGGUGUUUUCCAGCAACACCGGACUACCUCGGAGUUCAGCUGGAACUAUAUACCGGGAGCUGGAGACGAUGAGGAGAGUUGGGCUAGGGGUCUCUCCCCGGGUCUCUUCUGGAACCACGCUUAUGAUAUCAUAGGUUCCGGUCCUGAAAUGUGCAACCAAAAGGUUGCUGAGAUAGUUGAGAAGGACAGAGUUUAUAGAGCACAAAGAGGACAGGACGCUCCCCAAAUCUGUCUCAAGAAUCCAAAGGCAUCGGGUGACACAGAUCGGUGUAGUUCUUGUACUUCUAUUGAUUCGCCGGGAGGGGAUUCUAUGGCAGUGUUUCGGAUUGGUUUCACAAAUGUUGCAGUCGGAAGUAUUCAGCAUGCCGCAAGUGUCCCGGAUGUUGAUUGCAUAUUGAAUUGUGAUGAAGCACAUGUACAUGGCCGUGUUGCGAAUACCGAAGAUUAUUUGCAUCUUCCUAUGGUGAGCUCGAAAUGGGACCGCUUUUCCUUGUCAAGCAAUCUGCCUGCGGCUGUGAACUUUGCGAAGGCACAUCUUAACAAAGGGCGCAGUCUGUUAGUCUGCUGCCAGAAUGGGGAAGACAUAAGCGUCUGUGUUUGUCUAGCGAUUGUGACAUCACUAUUCGACGAAGAAGGUAAACUCAUGGAUAGAUGUUGCACAUGUGGUCGAAACACUUGCUUCCUGUCAUGCAUUAUGAUUCUUGCUUCUCAAGAAAACUCUGCAACCAUUUUUCGAAACAGGGUACUUCGACGAUGGGAGGUUGUUCGCCCAGAAGGGCAUCACCAAAUGGGAAAUGCGGCGGAGGCUGGUGUUCCUCUGCAAAUUCGCGGUCACUGCGCGACCAUCCAGAGGGAAUUUGAAGCAGGUGUAUGGUUUUCUUUCACAAGGGAGAGCUGCUUCUUCAGAUUUUGAUUGAAACGAUUGCUUGAUCAAAUAGAAUAGAGGGGUACUUGUGGAUGGAUUCCCAGUGCCCAUUGCUGAUUUUCUAGUCCCUUAAUUGCCUGCGUCAAUACUAGUUUUGUUACCCUUCUUUUUCAUUUUGCAUUUAUUAUUCUUAUUUGCAGCCAACUCCAGUGGUUUUCCCCCUCUUGACUAGGGCUGCAAAUGAGGCUCGCUUGGCCUUGUUAAUAGAUGAGUCAAGCUUGUUUAUUAACGAGUUGAGUUUGAAAAUGACCUUUUUUACUAAAAAUUUGGCUCGUGUUCGAUACAUUCAUUUUCUAGGUCGUGUACGGAUGAUACAUGUGAUUGAUGUUGAUGGUCAAACAUGAGUUAUAAACCCAGUGGCGUGGAGCCACUUGUUGAGG